CGAACACUGCAAGCAUUUAAUUUCCUCCUGGCAUGGAUGUAAGUCUGGCAAGGAUUCCGGGCUCCCUAAUGGAGUCUGCCACGGUUCGAUACCUCCUUGCGUGAGUGUGAAUGGGGAACGGUCAUAAAAUGGAUUCCAGUAAAGUUGAAAUUACUUAAGCAAGCCCCGAGUACUUCGCAGAGUCGGGGAACCAACCUGGUGCACUAGUAAAUAUGGUUAGAACAGUACAGUUUUUUUGCAAACGGAAUAAAAAUAGCUUAAAUUUGGAUUGAAGCUUUCCUUGCCCGGCAAAGUACUCACCCACUAGGUGCAUGGGUUGUAAUCCGUUCGUCGAAAUGUAAUCAACGUGCCGAAUGCUCUUAGCUGUACAGGAACCGCACCAGACUUGCGUGUGUCGGUUGAAACAUUGAACAUUGUUGGAAACGAAGCAAAAACCCCGUCAAAGGGUAUGUAGAUCCAUAAACUUCAGGUGUCUGGACAGUCGUGUCGGACACAUUAUGUGGCAAUCGAGUUUUCCUGCCGGCAGAGUUCCUUUCUUUUUAUGCGUGCAAACAUUUUUCGAACGUAAACUGCCAGCAGACCUCUAUAACCCCAUGAAAAUGGUAUCGCCAUGGACGGGAAAAGCUAUUCGCCCGAUGGGAAUACUACUUGGAUACAGUGCAAUUUAAUCGAUACACCAUCGACUUUCGUUGCCAGGGGAAACUGUUAAAAAUUUACACCGCAACGAUAGUGCCCAACUAGGCAAACAGUUUCAUUCCACCAGCAGUUAGUUUCGGUCCAAAUUUAUCGUUUCUCUUACAAUGCCGAAGGAAAAGAAGCCGAAAAAGCCUAAAAAGGCUGUCCCGGAGAUACAGCCCGUGGAUGGGCUAAGUGCAGUCGAUCGUCAAUUCUACGAAAUUACCAUCAACGACCUUAACCAGAAGCUAGCCCGUCUGCGGACGCACAAUGUAAAGAUUGAGGAACGCAAUGAGGACCUUGAAAGUCGCCUCAAACAAAUCGAGGAAGACCGUGCUGAUGUUACGGCCUACCUCGAUCGAACGCUGCAGGAAAAGGUGGGCACUAUCGUGGAACUCGAGGAUAAGCUGAGUGAACUGUCGAAGGUCCGUGACCAGGAGAAUGAAGAGUGUCGCAAGCAGAUUAAUACGCUCGAUGGAAAGUAUAAGGCAAUGCAUGAACAGCUUACGUCCGAGAUAAAGCUGCUGACCGGUAAGCUCAACUCAAUGGAAGAGUUCCGCCUGCAGCGUGAUGAGCUUAUGGCUAAGUUCGAUGCCCAGGACAGUGAGCUGAAGGAACAGAACAAGCGCCACAAGUCGACACUGUACGAGAUGGAGCGCAAAGUCAUACUCGAUAAGGAUCGCCUGCGCAAGGAUGUCGAGAACAAGUUGCUGCAGCUGUCCACCGAGUUCACCAAGUCAUCCGAAAUUCGGGUUGCCGCACACACGCAGCGAUUGGUGCGGGAAAACAUCGCGCUUAACAACGAGAUGGACCGCAUGAUCUACACGCAGGAGCGUAUGCAGAAACAGUUCACCGAACUGCGCAAGCAAAACACGGAGCUCCGAAAUCAGGCCGAGAUAGACUUUGUGGAGAAGCAACGAUUGAUGCAGACAUGCCAGGAGCGGCUCGAGACGAUCAAACAGCUGACGGAUCAGUUCGAGACCGUGUUGCAAAAGAACGGAGAGCUGAAUGCAUUCCGGUUGCGGGCCGUUGAGCUGGAGAAUGAAAACAAAACCACCCGGAAGGACUACAACCAGCUGCGGCAGAAGGUACGUGUGCUGGAGCAGUACAUCCAUUACAUCAACACCGAUCGGCAGGGAUUGCGUUCCGAAUCUGACCAUCAUCGGAAGGAGUUUGAGCGUAUCUCUGACAUUCUGAAGACAGUGCGCUACACAGUACGGUCGGCGUUCAAGGGUGAGGAAGAAGAUUCCGAUCUGCCCUACCAGGAGAUCAAGCGAAAGCGUCUGAUUGCCGACCUGCUCAACACUCUGAACGAGCUGGAGAUGCAAUCGAAAGCUGACCAAUCGGUCGAAACGAUUGUCGCCUCACUGACGGACGUGUACGAUCAAGGUGAUCUUGGCGUUAUUCCACGGGAGUCCAUGGACACCAUCCUGAAGAAAACGCUGGGAUGCGAGGAAGUGAGUGAGUCGGCCAUUAUCAGCUCUAGCGCAACUGCCUCCUCCGUGGGCGAGGGAGAUAGAAUGGAUGGCGCUAGCAAAACCACGCUUCUUGGAGCCAGUGAGGACGAGACGGGCAUUAUUGAUGUUGUCAGCGGUUCGAGACUCGUGUUUCUGGGAUCGAACGAAUCGCUCGAGGAGGAGGAUGAGGGUGAAGGGGCAAGUGAGGACGAGCCUGACGGUGAAGAAGAUGACGAGGCAAAGAAGCAAGACCAGGAACAACACGAAGAGGACGAUGGAGAUUUUGGAGAUGACGAAGCAAGCCAGCAACUUCAAGGUUCCGGCAUGGACGGUGGCGACCACGAUAAGGAUGGCGUCAUUGUUGACGCUCCGGAGUCGAUUGAAGACGAAACGAUCGAGUUUGCUGGUUCCAAGAGUGAUUCGGAUUGAGAAUAAAGAGAAGAGAUUUUGGGAAUUUUGGCAUUGCGACGAA